UCUCUGCUGCGUAGGUCUCUGCUCUCUCUGCCGCUUGCCCGGGCAAACCCGCCGCCCUCGCCCCACCAUGGAGGACGCAACCGAAAUGAGCGGCGGCCAGGAGGAGUUUGCUGAGGGCUCCAAGAUUAACGCGAGCAAGAACCAGCAAGACGACGGGAAAAUGUUUAUCGGAGGCCUCAGCUGGGACACCAGCAAGAAAGACUUGACGGAGUAUCUUUCUCGGUUUGGCGAGGUUGUGGAUUGUACAAUUAAAACAGACCCGGUGACUGGGAGGUCGAGGGGAUUUGGGUUCGUGCUCUUCAAGGAUGCUUCCAGCGUGGAGAAGGUAUUGGAACUGAAGGAACACAAACUGGACGGGAAGUUAAUAGAUCCUAAAAGGGCGAAAGCUCUAAAAGGAAAGGAGCCACCAAAAAAAGUGUUUGUUGGUGGGCUGAGCCCAGAUACAUCUGAAGAACAGAUUAAGGAGUACUUUGGUGCUUUUGGCGAGAUUGAGAACAUUGAGCUUCCCAUGGACACAAAGACAAAUGAAAGGAGAGGGUUUUGUUUUAUCACAUACACAGACGAAGAGCCGGUAAAGAAGUUGCUAGAAAGCAGAUACCAUCAAAUUGGUUCAGGCAAGUGUGAGAUCAAAGUAGCACAGCCCAAAGAGGUAUACAGGCAACAGCAGCAGCAGCAGAAAGGAGGAAAAAGCAAUGCCUCUGGUGGACGAGGAGGUGGAAGGGGACGUGGCCGGGGUCAGGGACAGAACUGGAAUCAAGGAUAUAAUAACUACUAUGAUCAAGGCUAUGGGAACUACAACAGUGCCUACAGUGAUCAAAGCUACAGUGGCUAUGGGGGCUAUGACUACUCUGGGUACAACUACCCCAACUAUGGAUAUGGGCCGGGAUACACAGAUUACAGCGGCCAACAAAGCACAUACGGAAAGGCAUCCCGUGGCGGUGGCAAUCACCAAAACAACUACCAGCCCUACUAAAGCACUACCUAGCACUGGAGGAAACAGGUGUGUGCAUGAGCACAAGGUCCACUCUGACUGUGCCUAAUCUAAUUUAAAGAUCAAUAGACAAAUGAAGAGUUAAAAAAAAAACCAACACCAAACUUAACCGUAGCAUGACUUUUUAAUUAAGCUUUUGUUAACUUAAACGACCUUUUUUUUGUUGUUUUGCUUUGUUUUUUCUUAAAAAAACACAGCUUUGCCUACAGUGUCUAUAGAUCUUUAACUUUGGUAAAAAAAAACAACAACAAACGUUGACUUUAUCCUCCUUUAGUACUUCAGAAAAACGUUUUAAAAGAGUUUUUCUGCUUUGCUGUUGCGUACCAGGCGGUCUAGAGGAUUAAUUAAAACUCUUUAUUAGAAGUAUUAACAGGUAAAGUACUGAAAUGGGUACAACUUAAAGGAAAACAAGAAUGUUGUCUUCUAACUCUGACAUUAUACCUUGUUUGUACCCGCCAGCGGGAACUUCAUUGCAGGCCGUGUGUCACCCUGACCACGUCUAUCUCUGGGGUCGCACGUUGCAGGCAGAGCGCAAGGCAUACACCAGAAAACGCUGUCCUGUGGUAUGGUCUCUUCCAACUUCAUGUACCAGCGUAAAGAUUAAAGUGGAAAACGUCAGACUUUGGCUUCUUUUUUUAUUAUUUUUAAAACUUUUUUUUUUAAUUUAAAAAAACUUGGAGGUUUUAAGUGUCUUUUUUAACUUAAAAUGGUUUUUUACAGGAAUUUUAAAGUACAUUAAAAAAAACUAAAUGCCUUUACAGCUUAAUCAUUUGGUCUUCUGUUUAGUGUUGUAUUUCAAUUGUGGAACCUCAUUUUAAGUGUUGCAUUCUUUAAGAUUUUAAUGCUUGCUUUUUUUCUUUUUUAUAGCUAAUAGUGAAAUCUGCAAACCAAAACGAACUUUUAAAUCUUGGAAAAUAAUUAAAAAGAUCAUAUGCACGUGGACUGCUUUGGAACUAAAUUGACCCUGCCUUCUGUUUGCCACAGAAGCAAACAAAUUGGAAACCCUUUUGGCAGUGUUUCCAGUGAGGGGAGUGUGGGGGGGAAAUCAUCCUGAUCCAGAGCCUGAUUGAUAGUCUACAUUUGGGUGUUUUGUUGUUCUGGAACAGCUUCCUGAAUGGGCUUGACUUAGCUGUCUGAAUUUGGGAAGAUGUAAAUUCCUGAUGGGUAACAACAA